AUGGUGUACAAAAAGCAUGGCAUGAAGAAAAAGUACACGGCGGGAGAGGCCACCGCGUACAUCUCCCGCAAGAACGCUAGAAAGAAGCUUCAGCUCUCGCUCGCUGAUUUCCGACGAUUGUGCAUCCUCAAGGGUAUUUAUCCGAGAGAGCCUAAAAGCAGAAAGAAGGCAGGAAAGGGAGCUGCCAGCAAUCGGACUUACUACUACACCAAAGAUAUCCAGUUCCUUCUCCAUGAGCCGCUGAUUGAAAAAUUCCGAGCGCACAAAGUCUUUUUGAAAAAGUUGAAGAAAGCCGAGGGCCGAAGAGACUGGAAAAAAGCCGACCAAGUUCGAGACCAGCGCCCCUUGUACAAUAUGGAUCACAUUGUUCUGGAGCGAUAUCCGACAUUUAACGAUGCUUUGAGGGACAUGGACGAUGCCCUGACCAUGAUCUUUAUGUUUGCAAGGAUCCCGAAGAGCUCUACUGUCCAUGCCGAACUUGUUGCAAACUGCCGUCGAAUCGCCUUUGAAUGGAUGAACUUUUGCAUUCACGCACAGUGCAUUCGCAAAGUUUUCGUCUCCAUCAAAGGCUACUACUACCAAGUCGAGCUCAAGGGCGAAACCAUCACCUGGCUCGUUGCUCACGAGUUCGCCCAGGAACACAACGAGGAUGUCGAUUACAAGGUCAUGCGAACAUUCACCGAGUUCUAUGCCAACGUCGCCUCUUUCAUCCUUUUCAAACUUUACACAGAGGACAACUUGAAGUACCCACCCAUCGGACAGAAAGACUACGAUGACGAUGAAUAUGUAAAGCGUCAACAAAGUGAUUUGGAAUCACUGACCCUCGAACUAAGAAAAAGUAAGGCCAUCGAAGAGAGUGAAGAUGAUAUUGACGAGCUGGCAGCGGCAACUGGCGACGAAGGACUCCAGAAAGCCAUUGAGCAGGAAAAAACCCAGCGAUCACAGAAAAAUAUCUUCAAGGGUUGCAAAGUGUUCAUUUCCCGCGAGUGCCCUCGAGCUCCUCUUGCCUUCCUCCUCCGAUCACUUGGCGCUGAAGUUUCUUGGGACAGCGAGCUCUACCCAGGCGCUUCUUUCAAACUUGACGAUGAUUGCGUGACACAUUUGGUCAUUGAUCGACCCACAGCUCCCCAAAAACUUGGACGACAGGCCGUCCAGCCGCAGUGGGUCUUCGACUCUGUGAACUUUGGUGGAUUGAUGCCAACUAAUGACUACGUCCCUGGAGCUGAACUUCCACCUCAUUUGAGUCCAUUUGUCAAAGAGGGUCAGUACGUUCCACCAGAUAUGGAGGUUCUCCAGUCAAAGGCGCGAGGAGAAGAUCCAGGCAUUGGCAAAGACUCGGACGAAGAGGUUGAUGAAGAGAGUGACGACGAAGCUGAGGACCUCGAGGAGGAAGAGGAAGAAGAGGAAACGGAAGAAGCCGAGGAGCCUCCAGCGAAGAAGAUGGCAAAGGUUGCUAUUGAAGAAAAGAAGGAAGAUAAGCCGAAAGAGUUCAAAAAGCGAGACGUAAAGGCUGCCGGGCGGGAUAAACAAGAACCCAAAGAGGACGUGAUCGAAGCAGAGAAAAAUAAAUUAGCGCGCGCCGCACAGACGAGUAAAAAGCGAAAGAGACUUUUGGAACGUAUCGAGAAAUCGGAGCGAAAGGACAGAGGACGCAUCGAGAAGUUGACGAAUAAGAGGGCGAAGAUUGAUGCGGCAAAGAAAGCUGAAGCUAAAAAGUCGAAAAAAGCUGCCAAGUUGGAUUAA